UCUGUGAGAAGAGCCGUGCAGAUCCUUUCCUCUAUGUAAACGUUAUCACCGCAGCAGCAGCGCCGUUUCCAUGCAUGGGAGAGAGACGAUUUUCCUAGGGGGAGCAUAUCACGCACUGUGCUCCAACCGACGGACUCAGUUUCGUUUGACAUUCCGAAAAGUGAACAAAGCAGUCCAGCGGUCCAAUCUCGGCGUGUCGGUAGGAACCGUGUCCUUCCCCUCCCCCCAUCGAGAGCUGUGUCCCAGAGUUGGUGCAGCAGCAGCAGACACUAUGGAAUACAGGGAGAUAAUGGAAUGGUGGUACAUGGACGGUAUCGUCCUGCGGUCAUUUUUAUAAUUAGUGUACAUCAUUACGGCAGAAAGGAUAAGGAAACGGAACGGACAAGCGUGUUGUACUGUGUAGUGCGUUCGGACGUGUGCUGGGUCAAUUCCCGGAAGAAGAACAGUGCAGAAAAUUGGAAACAGCAGUCUGGUCGCAGAGCCCGGAGUUGGGGAUAAUACCACUUCGAACAUGGACCAGGACACGGAUAUAUUAGAUUUUUUCUUCGGGCGUUUUAUGCGCUUGGAAUGCGACAAGGGCGAUACGGUUAUGAAAAAAAAAAGGUUCGAAGCAGUUCAGUUUUAGUGGAAUGGUUUUCAAUAGGUUUGCAGUGAGAGUUUAGCACGAAAACGAGAUAACACUUCAACCCAUUUCCGAAUCGUGGUGGAAAGGCUUAGUGAACAAUCUAUCAAACUUCAUGUAACUGACAAUUCUUUAGUUUAUCAGUCAUUUUCUGCUCUUAUCUAAUUGAAGAAAAAGAUAUCUGGGGAUGGGGAUUCCUAAGAUGAAAUUUGACAGUGAAAAAUUGUGAAAAUUGGCUGGCUCUGUACUGCGAGAAGCAGCUAACAAACGGCUAACAAGUGUGAGAAGUAGCAGCAUCGGAAUACUGGCAUCGGGAUUGCCUCUCGCGAUUAAAGUUACGACAUUUUGCUCUUUUGGUGUGCGGUGAUGUGGUUGGCUUUCGAGAUGAGAGCUUGCGGAGAGAAAUCUCUUUUGAUAAUAAACGAGACAUAAUAAGCUGCACGGGAAAUUCGCUUUCGGCGCUUUUCGGAUCACUUUGUAGUUCUACUCUUACCCUUGGAAUCAUAAUAAUGAUGGUGCUCAAAGUCGCGAUCUGCCGUGGGGAAUAACUAUUGCUUCGUGCAGUGAAAUAGCCAAAAGCAAACGCAGAAGAAGAAACUAGAGAAGAAUGAAAAACAUGCUUAUUGAAAAAUUUCGAAAGAUAAGUUUUCCUAUCCAUAUUCAUAAAUCAGCAGUGUGAGAGGCGUUAUGGGGUGGUGAGUGGAAGGUUGGGAACGGGACAGGAGUCGCUUCAGCUGCGAACCACGCGCGCACGGAUCCGUGAGGAUACAAAUUAAAGUUUCUUCGGUCGGUGUGUGGAAGCAAUUUUCUCGUUGCACGACAGAGUGAUUCUGCGGGGAUUUAUUUUACGAGUGCCGAACGUGCUUGUGCAAUAAGUGGUGGCAGUGGCAGUAGUGAAAUAAUACAAAGUUGAAGAGCCUGUGCUGUGUCUCCCAAACGACCCCAACAUUGUUUGGAACCGAUUCCUCGAAGCGCUCCUGGACGGACGAUGAUGCUGGUACGAGAAUCGUGCAUUGUAUAUCUUUGCCACCAGGUGACCAGAUGGAAUGACACAGAUACAAUGAACAGUGAAGGAUAGAAGUGAGGAUUUAUUGCAAAUAGAUAUCGGUGACAGAUUUGUUGGAAUUCCGAAGAUUUAAUGCCAAUCGAAUUGGCAGGAAUUGCUGUGGCCGUUACGUAACGUACUUUAACCAGCAAGCAAGAAGAUUCAGUGCGGGGAAAUGUGCAGCGGUGAAGAAAGCAAGUGAAAGCAAAAAAAAAGUGAACACAUUGUGCUAUGGAGAAUGGAGAAAUGAAGCCAGGAGUGUCAGCCCCAAGGAGCGAAAGCGGUGGCUAAAUCAAACGAAGAAAGUGCCAAGUCGCGAGCGAGUGUGACACAGUGCUAAAAAAUUCAUUCCAAUUUGGUGAACUGAUAAUUAAAAGAAAAUUAACGAGUGCUGCGCUGUGUGCAGAGCAGCGAAGAAGAAAGCGUCGCGAAGAAAAAGUGAAGGAAAAUAAUUUCGAGGAAGAAAUAGCGGGCUUUGUGCAUGAAAAUAGCGAAAUCCCGAGUCGGUUGAGCACGAAUUGCGUUUGGUUUGUUCUCCUAUGUAUUGCGGUGGUGUCUCUGAGGUUGUAGCUGUUGCUGCUGUGUCAGUUUUGACUCUCGACGGUGUAAAAUACUUGGAAAAUGUGCAGUUUCCUCUUAUGCAACGCUGGUGAAGCCAUUGUACAUAGGAGAAGAGACUUUUUCGAGAGUUAGCGCCACAAUGUCAACAGCCAAACGGCUGGUCCUAUCGCUAAGAGGUCGCAAGGAAUCUCAGAGCACCGCGGGAGCCUCCUCCACCCGAUUAGUAUCCUCGGCCAACAGCACCUCGCCCGGCCACGAACUCGACGAGAUUGCGGUGGUCUCCGGGGGUGCUGAGUCGAGCCACAUCUCCUACGGUAGCCUCUCGCUCGGUCAAACCAAUGGACCACGCUACAUACCAGAUGAUGAUGGCAAGGCAUGUUUUGACGAUUCGAAACUGUCGCGACAUCACUCGCACUCCCUCAAUGGAACGGAUGCAGCCAUAAUGCAUCUGGCCCCUCCGCCCCUCGAAGCCGUUGGGUCUGACUUCAAUACCAUUCAAACGUCCUCGGAACACAACCGAAACUCUGUGAGCCGCUCAAGUCUCAUGGAUAUCGUUAGUGCCAAGCUCGGCAUGACCGGUCCCCAGCUGGGCCAGAGCAUCUCGCAGCAAGGAUUCUUCUCGUCACGUGAUAGCCUGGCGGCGUCGGGUGCGUCCCGGCCACUGCAUUCCCAUGUGUCCGCCACCACCUCGGAGAUGGAUUUGUCCCGCAAGGACCGGAAGCGAGAGCGGAGCAAGCUGAAAGCGAGCGACCAACCCUUGCUGGGGUCCUGGAGCCGCAGUGGACCCCGGGAGUCCGCAGCGCACACCACUGCGUCUGCUGCGGCGGCAGCGGCGGCGGCUGCAGCAGCGGCAGCGACCCGGGCAUCCAGCAACCACCUGGCCCCGCCGUGCGGCACCGGGAGCACCUGCAACGGGGCCGACCGAUACACGUUCGGCCGUCGCUCCGGAUGUUCAACAUCGUCGCGCAAAUCCAACGGCCGCCGCUGGUCGUUCGUGUUUGACCCGGCCGGCCGACUGUGCUACUACUGGUCCAUGGUGGUGUCGAUGGCCUUCCUGUACAACUUCUGGGUCAUCAUCUACCGGUUCGCCUUCCAGGAGAUCAACGGCGAAUCGAUCGUGCUGUGGUUUUGUCUGGACUAUUUCUCGGAUUUUUUAUACCUCGUAGAUAUUCUGUUCCACUUCCGUACGGGUUACCUCGAGGACGGCGUGCUGCAAACCGACUCGACCAAGCUCCGGCAGCACUACAUGAACUCGACAACGUUCUACAUAGACUGCCUUUGUUUAUUGCCGUUAGAUUUUUUAUACUUAUCGAUAGGAUUCAACUCGAUACUGAGAUCGUUUAGGCUAGUCAAGAUUUAUCGAUUUUGGGCCUUCAUGGAUCGCACCGAGCGGCACACGAACUACCCGAACCUGUUCCGGUCGACCUCGCUGAUACACUAUCUGUUAGUUAUUUUCCACUGGAACGGUUGUUUAUAUCACAUAAUCUAUAAGAAUAACGGUUUCGGCUCCAAGAACUGGGUGUUUCACGAUUCGGAAUCGGCGGAUGUGGUGAAGCAGUAUCUGCAGAGCUACUACUGGUGCACACUGGCACUGACUACGAUCGGUGACCUGCCGCGGCCACGCUCCAAGGCGGAGUACGUGUUUGUGAUAGCGCAGCUCCUGUUCGGCCUGAUGCUGUUUGCGACGGUCCUGGGCCACGUGGCGAACAUUGUCACCUCGGUCAGUGCUGCCCGCAAGGAGUUUCAAGCCAAGCUCGACGGUGUCAAGACCUACAUGCGCAUGAGACGGGUUCCCAAUCAUCUCCAGGUGAAGGUGAUCAAAUGGUUCGACUAUCUCUGGCUGACGCAAAAGUGUUCAGACGAGGAGAGAGCAGUAUCAUGUCUUCCUGAUAAAUUAAAGGCUGAAAUAGCUAUAAAUGUUCAUUUAGAUACACUUAAGCGAGUAGAAAUUUUUCAAAAUACCGAGGCGGGCUUUCUGUGCGAGCUGGUGUUAAAGCUAAGACCGGUGCUGUUCUCUCCGGGCGAUUUCAUCUGUCGGAAAGGUGAAGUCGGCAAAGAGAUGUACAUAGUCAAUAGAGGUAGACUGCAGGUUGUCGCAGACAACGGAAAAACUGUUAUGGCUUCGCUGAAAGCCGGAUCCUAUUUUGGCGAAAUCAGUAUCCUCAACAUGGGUACGGCAGGUAAAGCGCUCGGAAACCGGAGAACCGCCAGCGUACGGUCGGUGGGCUACAGCGAUCUGUUCGUGCUCAGCAAGAAGGACAUGUGGGACGUGCUGAAGGAGUACCCGGCGGCCCGGGUGCGGCUGGAGGCGAUCGCAGUCAAGCGGCUCGAAAAGUACAAGAAGGCCCCCCUCGAGAAAGUCGCUAUGGGACGCUGCCAAUCGACGCCCGGAUUAGUGGAAACGCGAGGCCGGACCACCAUCGAGGACAUGUGGAUCUCUCCGACGACUGCGAUAACGUCCGCCAGCUCGAUGGUUCCUACAUAUCCACCGCCGGCGGGCAGCCGCAUGUCGAGUCCCCGGUCCAGACGGGGUGAUCUGAUGAGCAAUCGGCAGCCACAGUCACCCGGUUCGGUCAGCCCCAGUGUACAUAGUUCCGAGGAGCGGCCUAGAAGUCGAACGACUUCCCAUCAAACUUCUCGACCACAAUCCCAACCCAGUAGGACAGGUCCGCCUUGUGGCUCGCUAACCCAUAUCGAAUCGUCCGGUGCAACGCCCCUGCUCGGGUCCCACGAAGCCCUCGAAGGGGAAAUCAAACGACUGCGGGAGCGACUCCACACGGUCGAGUCGGAGAACUUCACCCUGAACGCCAAACUGGCCCAGCAGCAGUGGGAAGUGGAACAUCGGCUGGCGGAGAUCGAAAUGCAAAUCUGCGGUGGUUCGUCCGCGUCCAGCAUGAGCCAGGAAAACGAAACCGAAGAUCUGGAACGGAACCGGGAGAGUAUCAUAUAACACGGAAGCGAGCUGCCUCAAAAAGUUGCCCUGGUGUAUGUGCGAUGUAUGACUUGAAUGGCGUACCACAUUGUUCGUUUCUUUUCGUGAUGGUGUUGGGACGGAGCUCAUAGUGGAUGAAGAAGGCAGACUGGGUGAGGAUCGACCAGCAGGAAGUUUAGCUUUAGUUCUCUAGGUUAAUGUCAUAUCUAGAUUUCACUGCACACUGCACUCUAGAAGAAGAAGAAGAAGAGCAGAUCCAGACUUUUGCUUGGUUCGAUUUUUGACUAAUAUUCCUAAAUACUAUUGGAUAACCAACACUCCGUGACACAGCAUUACGGGUCAUCUUUGACAAAGGCAGCUACUCUAGAGAACCACGGAAGCACGCUGAAAUACCAAAUCUUCUUGGCAGACGGGAAGGUUGCCCAAUUUGUAGCAAAAAUACGAAGAUGCGAUUCGAACAUCACGAAUAACAGUUCUGUUCAGUUAGUAUAACUAGCAUCGCCAAUAGUUCGUUGAAUACAAUGAUAGUGUCACUAAAUCGGGUACUAAAUACUGGGGAGAAGACAAGUGAGAUUACCAUUAAUGAACGUAGUCGUGCUCUUUAUGAUAGUCAGAUGAUUUUGUGCAAAUUUCUAGAACAGAAGCGUACGGAAAAGCAGAGGAGGCUCUUUGUAAAAAAAUAGUAGCAAAACAGAAUAAAACCAGAAACCAAGCAACAAAUGAAACCGUAGUACGAGAACAUAUGGAAAUUCGUUAUUAUCGAACGAUGUAGAUUUUUUACAUAGCAAAAUAGCAGACGAUUAAGAAUUGACGACAAAACGAAUAAACUACAAAAGCAAGCAUAAUUGUUGAGGAUGUUGAGGCGGAACCUGGAAACCGGUAUGAAAUGAAUUUUAUUUGAUGUUACUACUUCGAAAGUACAUAUUUUAUCACUUUGUUGAAGCGGUUCCGGUUCCGUCGUCACUAAAAGACGCAAUCCCUCGAUGAUUGAUCGGAAGAUGAACCCUCGCAGAGGGAAAUAUUUGUGAAUAUUUCACUGUAAAAACUAUUAAUGAACAAGUGUUAUUCAUUUUUUGAGGUCCUCCCGGAGAAGGUCAACUACUGCAGUUUGACUGGCAUUUACUAUUCGAAGUUACGUUGACGUAGAUUUAAAUUCCGAAAACAAAAAUGGUUCAAGAACUUGAAUAGUUUCUCAUUUGUCU